AUGGCCAAGCUCAAACCUACUCUCACUCUCAUGGAGAUGGAGGACGAGAUGGGGUAUAAAGUCGAUGCACUAGAUCGCCCGGAUGAGGCCGAGAAGCGCUUUUAUUCCGAUCUCACGCCGGUCCCUGACAAUACAUAUGGACUGACCGAGAAAGAUUACCAGGAGUUCGUGAAAAGAAAGCACGACAAAAACAGCGGCAAAGCCGCUGAUAUCUGCUAUGGGGUUGGAUUCAACUUGCCACUUCUCCUCACCGAGGCUGAAGUAGUUCGGACCUUCUCAGUUGCGAAGUUACUGCGCGAGACAACUCCAAGUGUGAACCGGGGGUUCUUCGACCUUCCCCGAGAAAUACGUGAUAAGAUUUACAUCUUUGCGAUUCCCAGGGGGGAAUGGAGAAUCACAAACAUCGACAAAUUCGAACAAGACAAUCUCAUUAGGGGCAUCGGCGACCCCAGCGGUUUCUACUAUCCACUCAGCAAGAGUUUGGUGGUUUUAAGAGUUAACAAACAGAUGCGACUAGAAGCGUUGCCUUUUGCGUAUCGGAGGACGACUUUCAUCUGGGAUGACCUAGACGACGUCAUCAAGUUCCUUGUCGCGAUUGGACAAGUUGGCCGCGAUAAUAUCGAGUCUCUGCAGUUUCCUUGGGAAAGCAGAACCGACAUGGAAUUCACGUGGGAAGGUUUUCUGGACUCUGAGCUUCCUUGGAGAUUGCCCGUCCUACACGCCUCCGAAUGUGUCCAGCUGCUGAGGCGGUGCAAGAGACUCAAACACUUGCGUCUUUGCUUUGAGGAGGACUUGAUUCUCAGCAUGCAGCCUGACGCUUUCAUGGCUGAUUCCGGAAUUGGAGAGCUUUGUUCCAUACAAGGGAUCACGCAGCUUGAGAUUUGGGACCUUGGGAAUAGCUCCCUAGAGCACUGCCGCAUCGCUAAGUUGUUGAGAGAGAAGAUAGAGGGCGCUAAGGAGGAAGAGACUGGGCACGAAUCUAUAUAUAGCUUAAUCUUUAAGUAUAUUAAGAGGUUAGGAGCUGUGUCCUGA